UUGAGGCCGCCAUAUUUGAUUUUCCUGUUAUCGUGUUUACCUGUUUACAUCACUUUAGAAGCCCAAAUCUGCUGCUUAUUCAAGUUGAUUACCGUAUUGGAGUAGAAGUAUGGACAUACCACAAAGUCAAGCCGUUAAUAACGCAAUCCUAGCAGGAUCUCCAAGGAAUCGAUUUCUGGUUCCCAGUCCAAUCCCAACCCGGCGAACCAGAACUCUCUCACAAUCAGAUAGUGCGAAAAAAAGUGAGGUUUACAGCGGUAUCGUGAAGGCAUUCUGUCGACAGAAGGGUCACGGUUUUAUCCAGGAACUCCAGGAAGAUGACGUCCAUCCAAACCAGGAACCACUGUUUGUUCAUAUUUCAGAUAUUGACGGCGAGUAUGUACCGAAGGAAGGCGACCAUGUGUCAUUCAAGAAGAUUUUAAUUCCACCCAAGAAGGAGAAGUAUCACGCUGUCCAUGUUGUUAUCACCCACCUGGAGGAAGGGGUUUCACACGAGAAGUGGGACUCUCAGUGAUGGUCAGACGUUUACAUGGACAGCCAUCAGUUUGUGUGGUGUACCUACAUCAGGUCACUACCGAUUACUGUUACACUAAAAUGUAAAUUUGAGCAAGUGAACUGUUUUAAUAUACGCAAACAAGUUGUAACGAUUGAUGUUGCGAAGCUUGCAGGACCACCAAAUUUUUAUUCAGACUUUGAAAAUAUGAGUGUCUGCGACAUUGGCGACAACCACAAUCUAUCACCCUUGUGAGAUGUAGAGAGAAUGAUAAACAUCAUUUAGAUAUCAAAAGCUCACUUUCCAAAUCCAGUUAAACUUUUAGCAGUUUUAUAACAGGCUGUUUUCCAAAAUAUGGAACAAGCAAAAUCUUCCCAAUUAGCAUUUUAACACUACCACUGUUUCCCAUUUAAAAACCACCAGUUUCCCCAUUUAAACACUGCCAUUUAAACACAACCAUUUAAACACUACCAUUUAAACACAACCAUUUAAACACCACCAGUUUCCCCAUUUAAACACCACCAUUUAAACACAACCAUUUAAACACCACCAUUUAAACACAACCAUUUAACACUACCAUUUAAACACUACCAAAGUUUCCCUAUUUAAACACUUCCAGUUUCCCCAUUUUAAUCAGCCACAGAGCUGUAACAGUGAAAUCCUGAAUUUAGAUGUAGCCAAGUUUUACUGGCAUUUUGUGGAUUCUGAUGCCCCUACCUAUUACCCCAAUUAUACAUUAUCAAACUAGACAGCCCAUUCUGAGGGGAAGACUGAUGUCAUUUAAUGUCUUGUUUCCUUCCUUUGUCAGACUGCACUUUACAUACCACAUUCUACCUCUAUCUAGUGUGUGAAACCACAAAAUGAAAAUCAUCACCAUGAAAGACCAAAAUGGAGAGAAUAUCGGACUAACUCAGGAUUACGCAAACUAGAAUCUUACAUGGGUCUAUGUGGACAGGGAUAUCUCAACCCAUGUGUAUGUGUUUUGGUGGUCAACACGAGGCUUGCCAAAUACUGGCCGGUUAAACUUUUACUUGAGGGUUGAGAUAUCCCAGUCCACUAAACAGACCCAUGUUUGAUUAUUUUUCUCACAUACUUUCAUAAAAACAGUAAGAGCAAACAUUACACUUCCUUAAAAACAGUAAGAGCAAGCAUUACACUUCCAUAAAAACAGUAAGAGCAAACAUUACACUUCCAUAAAAACAGUAAGAGCAAACAUUACACUUCCAUAAAAACAGUAAGAGCAAGCAUUACACUUCCAUAAAACAGUAAGAGCAAACAUUACACUUCCAUAAAAACAGUAAGAGCAAACAUUACACUUCCAUAAAAACAGUAAGAGCAAACAUUACACUUCCAUAAAACAGUAAGAGCAAACAUUACACUUCCAUAAAAACAGUAAGAGCAAGCAUUACACUUCCAUAAAACAGUAAGAGCAAACAUUACACUUCCAUAAAACAGUAAGAGCAAACAUUACACUUCCAUAAAAACAGUAAGAGCAAACAUUACACUUCCAUAAAAACAGUAAGAGCAAACAUUACACUUCCAUAAAAACAGUAAGAGCAAACAUUACACU